GCCCCGGAGCCAGGCUGGCGCUCGGGAAUGGCUCUCCGGCGCCGCGCCGGCCCUCAGCCUCGGAGCCCCUCCGCGCGGGCCAGGAAGAAGGCGGCUGAGAAGGGCCUGAGCAGCCGGGGCGCCUCUCGGGGGCUCCGGCGCCGGGGCUGAGCGGCGCCCGCCCGGCCGCCCCCUGCCCGCCCGCCCGCCCGGGGGCCAUGCGUCGCCAUGAGGAUGUGUGACAGAGGCGUCCAGAUGCUGGUCACCACCCUGGGCGCCUUCGCCGCCUUCAGCCUCAUGACCAUCGCGGUGGGCACGGACUACUGGCUCUACUCCCGCGGCGUGUGCCGGACCAAGUCCCUCAGCGACAACGACACCAGCCGCAAGAACGAGGAGGUCAUGACCCACUCGGGCUUGUGGAGGACCUGCUGCCUGGAAGGGACCUUCCGGGGAAUCUGUAAGCAAAUUAACCAUUUUCCGGAGGAUGCUGACUAUGAACAGGAUGCAGCAGAGUAUCUUCUGCGUGCCGUGAGAGCUUCCAGCAUCUUCCCCAUCCUGAGCGUGGGUCUUCUGUUCUUCGGGGGUCUGUGCGUGGCAGCCAGCGAGUUUUACAAGAGCAAACUCAACGUCAUCCUGAGCGCAGGGAUCUUUUUCGUGUCGGCUGGACUAAGCAACAUAAUUGGGAUUAUAGUUUACAUCUCGGCAAAUGCCGGGGAUCCUGGGCAGAGCGAUUCCAAGAAGAGCUAUUCCUACGGCUGGUCCUUCUACUUUGGGGCCUUAUCAUUCAUCAUCGCCGAAAUGGUAGGGGUCAUUGCUGUCCACAUGUACAUUGAAAAGCAUCGCCAAAUCCGAGCCAAGUCUCAUUCGGUGGCACUGCUGAAGAAGUCCACCUUUGCACGUUUGCCCACCUAUCGGUACCGGUUCCGAAGGAGAUCCAGCUCCCGUUCCACAGAACCCCGGUCAAGGGAUUUGUCUCCCAUUGGCAAAGGCUUCAACACCAUCCCGUCCACUGACAUCUCCAUGUUUACCUUGUCAAGAGAUCCCUCCAAGGUGACUAUCGGAACACUGCUCAACUCAGAGAGGGAUCAUGGGUUUUUACAGAUUCACAACUCCCUCCCCAAAGAGUUCAAAGAGUCACUGCACAACAACCCUGCCAACAGACGAACCACUCCAGUCUGAGGCCAGACGUGUCCCUGGGUGGCCAAGGGUUCUGGGUACCGUGUACAGAGGUCUGUGGUUGAGACUGCAUGACGCGAUUCCCCUUCCCCCUAGUGAUGGUGUAACCAAUCUAACUGUUGUUGUUGUUCAAGAAGAAGCCUCAGUGGGCUCCCUGCCCCGGGGGCGGCUGGUGUUUUUGGAACCCUAGAUUGCCACGUGCUAGCCUGAGCCACUGGGGCUUGGGACGGACAACGUGCGGGUCUCCCGCGUUCUGCACCCCUGAGUCAAGGACGGACAUUGAACUUGGCUGCCUACACAGUAAAAGGUGUGCCCAGUGGACUCGCGAGAGGGUGACUUCUUGGCAGUUCCGCCAAGGAGCUAGAACUGGCUGUGUCCACACAACUUUCUGCACUGCCCGGAGAUGCCGUUUGUGUGGUGUGUUAACCCAAAAGUAGUGCACCUGGGAAAUCUUUGAGCAGGAAACGGUGAACUUGAGAGCAUGUAAGGAGGCUGUGCCCUGGCUGUAUGGAACAGUGUCGAGGCUCAGGAGGGUCUCUGUUCAUGUCUGCAUGCGUUCAAUAGCGUGGGAUCCAGUUUCUUUCCACAGGACUGGAAGACACGCCCCUUAGACGUGGCUACUGUUUAUGGAAGGGCUCUUCCAAUUUCACACUGAGGACUCAGGCAGAAGCCCCUUUCCUCCAUUUCCACCAAGGUGCUGGUAACUGCCACCUGCCCACGGGCCAACUUUUAAGUAGUCCCUGAAAGGAGCCCAGGUGCCCACCAGGGGACGUCCAGCUGCACCGGAGGAGUCUGGCCUGACAACCCUAAACAUCGAGCCUGUACGGACGGGGGAUCUCCCGAGUAUUGGAAAGGGCGAAGGAAAGCACGUCUCCCAAUAAAACACACUUGGAUCGGCA